AUGGACUGGAAGACGCUGCAGGCGCUCCUGAGUGGCGUCAACAAGUACUCCACUGCGUUCGGCCGAAUCUGGCUGUCGGUGGUGUUCGUCUUCCGCUUGCUCGUGUACGUGGUGGCGGCGGAGCGCGUGUGGGGGGACGAGCAGAAGGAUUUUGACUGCAAUACACGCCAGCCAGGCUGCACCAACGUCUGCUACGACCACUUCUUCCCCAUCUCCAACAUCCGCCUGUGGGCGCUGCAGCUCAUCUUCGUCACCUGCCCCUCGCUGCUGGUCAUCAUGCACGUGGCCUACCGGGAGGAGCGGGAGCGGCGGCACCGGGAGAAGCACGGGGACAAAUGCGCCCGGCUCUACGACAACGCCGGCAAGAAGCAUGGCGGGCUCUGGUGGACCUACCUGCUGAGCCUCUUCUUCAAGUUCAUCGUGGAAGUCGUCUUCCUCUACAUUCUACACACGCUGUGGUACGGCUUCUUCAUGCCCCGCCUGGUGCAGUGUGCCGGCGUGAGCCCCUGCCCCAACACCGUGGACUGCUACAUCGCCAGGCCCACUGAGAAGAAGGUCUUCACCUACUUCAUGGUGGGGGCCUCGGCCAUCUGCAUCGUCCUGACCAUCUCUGAGAUCUGCUACCUCAUCUCUCAGAGAAUAUCCCGGAGCUUCUGCCAAAAGAAGCACAAGCGCUCCGCCCUGCACUCCCCUUCCUCCAGCAGGGCGUCCACCUGCCGCUGCCACCAUCUGCUGCCCCACCACGGGGGCGAGGAGGGCAUGGCCCAGGGCAAGGGGGCAGAGGCCCUUCGGGCGUCCGCACCCAACCUGACUCUCAUCUGA